AUGUCGGGGUCUUUGGCAGGUCCUGCAUUCGCAAUCAUUGUCACCACGUGCCUUGUUUCGGGAACGGCCUCCGGAGCAACAGUCGGCAAAUCCGCUGGCUACAAGCUGGUGCCGCACCAGGCGGUCUACGACAUGAAGCUUGGCGAAAAAGAAGACAAUUCCGGAAUUUCCGGCUUGAGCGGCCGGAUGGUCUACGAGUUUGCCGGAAACGCCUGCGAGGGCUACAGCGUCAACUUUCGCUUUGUGACACGCUUUCAAAAUGCCGACGGCGGAUCACAGGUGACCGAUCUGCAGACGACUUCCUUUGAAGAGCCGCAGGCAGAGAGCUACCAGUUUCUUUCCAAAACCUUUGUGGACCAGGAGUUGGUGGAGGAAUCUAAGGGCAAGGCAACCGCCGGGACGCAGACCAAGACGAUCAAUCUGAAAGCGCCGUCCGAGAAGUCACUUGAGAUCGGGCACGAAGUUCUUUUUCCGACCGAGCAUCUGCUGACCAUUCUGGAGUCAGCUGAAAACGGUGUUCCGUUUAUUUCCGCCGAUAUCUACGACGGCGCCGAAUCCGGCGAGAAGGUCUAUGCAACGACAACCGUCAUCGGCUCGAAAACGGUCAGCCCGGUCAAAGCCGAUACCGAGGAUCCGGAUGCACCCCUGGCAGGUUUGAACUACUGGCCGGUGACAGUUGCGUAUUUCGAUCCGGGUGCGGAAGAUGCAACCGGGGAACUGACACCGGUCUACCAGUUGUCGUUCUGGCUCUUUCAAAAUGGUGUCAGCGGGCACCUGACGCUCGAUUACGGGGAUUUCACCAUCAAGGGCAAGAUGGCUGCGCUGGAACUUCACGAAGAUACCGGUUGUCCUCAAUAG